AACUUGUCAAGGCCAUUUGAACGUAUACAGGUCGUCCAUUCCUGAGUUAAUUGUCAGUUUACACUCUGUGUAUUCGCUAACAACAGCUUAAGACUAUUGAAGCGGUCCGGCGCUUUUUAGUUGGUUUUGAUGGAACGAUCUUUACCUCCUUGUUAUAGACUUCUCCACACGUCGGUAUUACGAAAUGACUUCCGAAGACUGGCAAUAUACAUUCUCCUGCUUACUUACUUUUGCUACACACUUUAUCAUGCCUCACGAAAACCCCUUAGCAUUGUUAAGACGGUUCUUCAUCGUUCCGGCGUAAAUGGACAACUAAGAACUGUUGGUUUCACUUCUGACGGCUGGAAACCGUUUGAUUCUGACAAUUGGAGUCAGUUACUGGGUGGCCUUGAAUAUAUUUAUUUGUUUGUUUAUGCCGUUUCAAUGAUUCUAAGUGGCUUUCUUGCAGAAAGAGUCAAUUUAAGAUACUUCUUAUCUAUCGGAAUGUUUCUUAGUGGAGUUUCAACUUUUGCAUUUGGACUGGCUUCAUACUUUGAAAUUCACUACUAUUCAUACUUCGUCUUUAUACAGGUGUUUUCUGGUUUUGUUCAAGCUUCUGGAUGGCCGGCUGUUGUUACUCUGGUGGGAAAUUGGUGGGGCAAAAGCAGACGGGGACUUAUUAUGGGUCUUUGGAAUUCUCAUACAAGUUUAGGAAAUAUCAUAGGUUCCGUCAUUGCCGGAAUCUAUGUUGAAACAAACUGGGGGGCUUCUUUUUAUCUCCCCGGUCUUAUCAUGAUGGUUGGGGCGUUGGUUGUCUACCUGACAGUUAUAGAGCAUCCUAACAUGGUCUAUAACUCGGCUAGUUCCGAAAAAACAGGUACUCAAAUUCCAAUAUCAGGAAGCAUAUAUGGGCUGAAUAGAGACAGUGGAAGUUACUGUGAUAUAAUUAACGUUCAUUUACGGGGAAACAUCGACCGCGAAAGGUCAGACAAAGAUGGUUUGAGGCCUUUAAUAUCGGAUAUCGAGGCCACUCGACCAAUUAAUUUCAUUGAAGCUCUUCUAUUACCAAGUGUGUUUACCUACUCACUCUUAUUAUUCUUUACGAAACUUGUCUCAUAUACAUUUCUUUAUUGGUUACCAAACUACUUAACCAUUGUUGAACAUGUGUCAGCUGAACAGGCUGCUAAACUUUCUGUGUUGUUCGAUGUUGGUGGCAUAAUCGGUGGUGUAUUGAUAGGAUGGUUUAGUGAUAGUCAGUCAAAUGGACAAAAUCUCAACGAAGAUGAAAAAACAAUAAAAAAACGUGCACUUGCUUGUCUUGUUAUGCUAGCUUGUGCGGCACCUUUGCUAUUAGCUUAUCGUUCUAUGACUUCUGCGAACUCGCUGAUGUCGUUAAUUUUACUUACAUGUUGCGGUUCUGCAAUCAACGGACCUUAUGCAUUAGUUACAACUGCUGUAUCUGCCGACUUAGGUACUCAGUCGGCCUUGUUAGGACGAACUCGUGCUUUGGCUACAAUUACAUCUAUUAUUGAUGGAAUGGGAUCAUUGGGUGCUGCGUUAGGUCCACUUCUGACUGGUUUACUAGUUCCAUAUGGUUGGUCUGUCGUAUUUGCUAUGCUUAUCACAUCCGAUCUACUGGCCAUGUUAAUGUCAAUAUGGAUUGUCGUUAAUUCAAGUCGUCGUCAAAAUCGUCGAACAUAUUAUCGACUUCAAUCAACAAUUCCUAUUUAAUUGGAAUUUGUUUUUACUUACAGCAAGAAAAAAUAACAGCACAAGUCAUAUCAGUUUCAAAAUAGCUGUGAAUAUAUUUUGUCUUUUUCUUUCACUAUGUCAUAUUGCACCAUAUAUUAUUACUUCAACUGUACGUAUAUAGAUACAUAUAUUCUUAUGUGGUAAUUUUUUUUACAGCCUGUUAGGUUUUUCUCAGAAUUUUUUUUGUUACUGAAACGAAUGUAACCAACAUAUCAUUGUCGAUAUUAUUGUUUAUCAUUACUAUUAUUGUCUUUUAUGAAUUCAGGGCUUUUUCAGGAUUCCAUGUAUAUUCUAGACUUUUCUGCCUUGUUUUUCGGUGUUUCUUCCGCCUAUUAAUUCUAGAUAAUACAUGCAUAUAUUUACUUACUGAUGUCUUACAUACUUAGGUGUUUGUUAAUCAUACUCAUUUUGAAAGUGUUAUUAUCUGUAUGAGAGAAAAAACUGAGAAAACUAUAAUA